AGAGAAGAAAUGAAUGCUGAAUGAAUUAAAGGGAAGCAAAACGCAGCAGCAGUGAGAGAGAGAGAGUUUGAUUUGACGUUGACAUUUGACCGAAUGGCGCCGGCGAUGAAGAUCGUUUUCGGACUUCUCACUUUCGUCACCGUCGGAAUGAUUAUUGGUGCUCUCUCUCAAUUGGCAUUCAUACGCAAAUUAGAAGACUCAUCAUAUGGUACAGAGUCUCAACCAUUUAUAAGAUUGCGCCGACAACAAACAAAUGGUUACCUUCAAUUGCCCAGAGGCAUUCCUUAUUGGAAUAAUGACAAACAAGCACAAAUCUUACGCCUUGGAUAUAUAAAACCCGAGGUUCUUAGCUGGUCUCCUCGAAUCAUUUUACUGCAUAACUUCCUCAGCUUGGAGGAAUGUGAUUAUCUUAGGGCAGUAGCCCUCCCUCGCCUGAAAAUUUCAACAGUGGUGGAUGCAAAGACAGGAAAGGGAGUCAAGAGUGAUGUCAGAACAAGCUCUGGUAUGUUUUUGAGUCAUGAAGAGAGAAAAUAUCCUAUGAUACAUGCAAUUGAAAAAAGAAUUUCUGUCUACUCUCAAGUGCCAGUUGAAAAUGGGGAGCUUAUGCAAGUCCUGAGGUAUGAGAAGAAUCAGUAUUACAGACCCCAUCAUGAUUAUUUUUCUGAUACUUUCAACUUGAAGCGUGGUGGACAGCGAAUAGCUACAAUGCUUAUGUAUUUAGGUGACAAUGUUGAGGGAGGAGAAACACAUUUCCCAUCAGCUGGUUCAGAUGAAUGUAGCUGUGGUGGGAAAUUAACCAAAGGGUUAUGUGUGAAACCAAUUAAAGGAAACGCAGUGCUUUUCUGGAGUAUGGGACUGGAUGGACAGUCAGAUCCAGAUAGUGUGCAUGGAGGAUGUCCGGUACUCGCUGGGGAGAAGUGGUCAGCCACAAAGUGGAUGAGGCAAUCAGUUCACGUAUGAUUUAGCUAGCUUUGUGUGAGUAGGGAAAAAAAUCACCCAAGGGCUUUCCCCUUCAUAUUUUAACAGUGGUGAUUACGCUUAGUUAUUGCUGAUAGUAUGAAUACAAAUAUUAAAUAGCGGCUAGUUUACAGGAUAAUAUGAUAUUAUUAUAUACACAAUGGAUGGUUUGAUCUAUAUCAUCGGGUCUAUGUUAAAGAUAUAUCCAGGUUUCUGAUAAAUCUCUACACCGUAGUCCUUGGACAUUUUGUUGGGAUUGUCUUGGUCUCGGUAUUUAAUUGGAAGUAACCACCGUUAUGAUUUCA